AUGUCGCCAAUGGAUGAGACCCCAAACGCUCAAGAGCUUCCCAAGGAGCCAAUGGUUGUGGAUGGCGACAAGAAGGACGAGACCAUCUCCCCGUCCGAUCGUAUAGUUGCUACGCAUCAUGAUCGCGCUGUGUGGGAAAAGCGAGAAAUUUACGGCCCUCCAGGCUUCCGAGGCUUGUUCAGUUCGACCUAUGUGGCCUUGUGUGCUAUUUCCUGUGCCGUUGGAGGUCUGCUCUUUGGAUACGACCAAGGUGUCAUUUCGAUCAUCUUGACCGAGUCUCAGUUUCUCGACCGAAUUGGCCGCGUCGCCGACAAUGCACCAGGAUCAGGUUUCUGGAAAGGAUUUCUCACGGCCAUGAUCGAAUUGGGUGCUCUGAUCGGUUCUUUUAAUACGGGCUGGAUGGCCGACAAGUUCUCCAGAAAAUAUACUGUUUUCAUUGCAGUCUGCGUCUUUCUUGUCGGUUCGGCACUGCAGACUGGAGCUGUCGAUUAUGCCAUGCUUGUCAUCGCCCGACUCAUUGGAGGCCUUGGAAUUGGAACUCUGUCCACUGUCACACCCUUGUAUAUUUCUGAAAUUUCUCCGCCAGAGAUUCGAGGCGCGCUUUUGGUCUUGGAAGAACUCUCAAUUGUGUCAGGAAUUGUCAUCGCCUUUUGGAUUACAUAUGGCACCAGAUAUAUUGCCAGUGAAUGGGCUUGGAGACUACCAUUUCUCAUCCAAAUCCUUCCAGGAAUUUUCCUCGUCGUUGCCGUCGUUUUUCUUCCCUUUUCUCCCCGAUGGCUUGUCGCAGAGAAACGCGACACGGAUGCUCUGGAAACACUGGCAAAGCUCCGCCAGCAAUCCAUUUCAGACGCGCGUGUGCAGCAAGAGUGGUAUGAUAUUCGGGCCGAAGUUGCUUUCCACCAGGAGAUUAGCCGCGAACGUUACCCGCGGUUUCAAGACGGCAGCCGGUCGAGUCGUAUCAAGUUGGAACUUGCCUCUUGGACCGAUUGCUUCAAGCGAGGGUGCUGGCGGAGAACACUGGCCGGUACUGGGUUGAUGUUUUUCCAACAGUUUGUGGGAAUCAAUGCUUUAAUCUACUAUUCGCCAACACUCUUUCAGACCAUGGGUCUCGACUAUUCGAUGCAGCUGGUCAUGUCUGGUGUGCUUAAUAUCACACAACUCGUUGGUGUCGCGAGCACUUUGUGGACCAUGGACAAGGUUGGCCGUCGGCCUCUUCUACUCUGGGGCAGCGUCUUGAUGACCAUUGCGCACAUCAUCAUUGCCGUGCUUGUGGCCCUGUUCUCGGACAAUUGGCCGGUGCAUCGGCCAGAAGGCUGGGCCAGUGUGGCGCUCCUGCUUCUUUACAUGCUCGCGUUUGGCGCCAGCUGGGGCCCGGUGGCGUGGGCGAUGCCGGCAGAGAUCUUCCCCUCCUCGGUGCGAGCCAAGGGAGUCGCCUUGUCCACGUGCUCCAAUUGGCUCAACAACUUUAUCAUUGGUCUCGUUACACCACAACUGAUUCAACACACCAAUUAUGGCACCUACAUCUUCUUUGCCGUCUUUUGUUUGCUCUCGGGCGUCUUCACCUACUUUUAUGUUCCUGAAACCAACGGUCGCACGCUCGAACAAAUGGACCAUGUCUUCAAGGACCUGGGCAACGAGGAAGAAGAAGCCCGUCGCCAACGCAUCGAAACUCAAAUUAUGGGACACGAGGCCGCUGGCGCUGUCAUUGCUGAAGCGACAGAGCGGUUGAGCAAUCACGCCGUUUAA